AUCCAGUACGCUUCUCUACUUUCAUCAAUUAUUCUUAAAAGUCCUCGUCGGCGCCCUCACGAGCGUCGUGAAUUCGCCGUUUUGCUGGACGUGAAUGGCGUCUUCUAAUUAUUUCACUCCACAACGCGGGAAUGGCUACACAGACAAGGCUCGUUUGAACAAACGGUCUUCCAACUUAUUCCUCCGCUGUUCAAGAGAAAAUGCAUCGACAUUCUCGCUCCAUGUCUUGGACAGUCCCCGUCUCAGUUCCAAUCCCCGGCGUACGCUCGCGUCGCCUCCGUCUUUUCAUGCCAAAUCCAAGUCGUGUACACCAGAUCAGUGUCUCGCGUUUCGGGCGAAGACGGGGGCCUCUGCUGCUCUGCGUAGUCUUGAUUGCUUCCAUUUUUACAGUAUGUUCUUUUGCGCGUCGCUUUAGCGCAGAGGAAAAACAAUGGACUACCAACUUUGGGGAGUCUUCCACGCUGGUAUUCGGGCGAGACGAUUUGCAACGAAUUUGGAAAUGGGAAAUAGAAAGCGGGCAUUAUCCUAGUAAUGCAAAGAUACCCGAGCAGAUCGGACUCAGCGCUCCACCGCUCAACCCGGGCCUUCCUCCACGAAAAGUUCCAACGAUUCCUUCACGAUUCAGGCCUCCUCCAGGCCCCGUGGCUACAACCACGCGCGGAAAUGGUCCACGACGCGUUUACAUUGAUGUACAAAGCCAGCCUCCCAAUCUCGCGUACCCCCCUCGCCCUGUGCCGGGCAGCGUUGCUGACCUGGACAUCAUUAUGGAUCAUUGCGACUUCUCACAAGGCAAAUAUGUACGCGACUGCCUCGAAGUUUUGCGCAUAGGCGCAGGCCUCGACAAUGGCAAGAGACUCAGACGAGGCGAAAUGGAUGAAUGGAAAUACAUCUACAUGGAACAAGAAAAGGAGAACUUCACAGAUCCCUCCUUCACAGAUCCCCCUCCCAAUUCCUAUAUUUCAGGUGGAGAGGCGGAUCCUAAUGCAGGUUUGAGGAAAAAGGUUGGGGCAGAAUGGGACACGCAGUUACCUCUUCGUGCUCCUUUGCAGCAUACACCUUAUUCGAGUCUUCCGGAACCUUGCGACCCUGAAAACCCUCGUCUCUUCCACAUGUUCUGGACUGGCCCAUUCACCGACAAGCCAUAUCUCGCCCUACUCUCCUUCCUCUUUACGCAGAAUGUCGGUCUUCAUUUGAAGGAUGACGACACUCUUGAUGUAUGUCGCCCCGAGUUCUGGAUGUGGAUCAACCCUGGUCCUGCAGCGUCCACCAAUCCUUGGGCAGCCCCUUUCUUACAUCGUCGCUUCAAGGACGUCAUCAAAUUCAAGCUUUGGAACACAACAGACCAACUUGAUGGUAUUCCAGAACUCAAGGACGAGUGGCGCGAAUUGAAAGAGACUCUCUUUAACUCAGGAGGUCACGUUAUCAAUGUGCCCGCCGAGAAGCAGCAGUCCAAAAGUGUCGAGGUCACUAGCACUGUAGAGGAUUCGACCAACAGCACCGAGGUCGACGCUUCUGCAAAGCCUUCGUCCACUGGUGACAAUAAGUCGGAUGAAGAUGAUAUGCUCAACCGUACUGGUUCGAAAUCUUCGUCUUCAUACGAUCGCCUCUCCGUUAUCCUUUCUGAUAUGGCACGAUUCGUCCUUUGCCAUCGGUUCGGUGGUAUCUACCUUGAUGCGGACACCAUAUUUUUGCGGGACUGGGAGGAAGCUUUGGGGUGGUCUCGGCUGGAGAAGUACAAUACCGCCGUUCUGCGCAUGAACAAGAACUCUGCCCUUGGGUCAUUCUUGUUCCGCACUGCACUGAAGAACGGCCUCGAUUUCCACCCCAUGACGGUGUCUCGUUACACCAAGGAUGCAUACUUGGAGGGUCUUUUGCUGCGACUACCUGACGCUAUGUUUGACUCCGCGUGGCUCAAUACUGAGUACUAUCAACGCGAAAGGCCGCCCCAGCCAUACUUCCAAGAGUUCUCGGACUUCUUUGACACACCUGCACAAGCAAGUGCUGCUCCUCAGGCACUAGGGUUUGAAGGCUUCUUCCAAGGUGCUUUCUCUUACCACUUCCACAACUUCUGGUGGAAGCCAUUCGAUCCAGCUCGCAACUGGCCUGACCUAGGCCCCAAGUUUUCAGCUGGCGAGAGGGCUGCCCGUGCAGCGGCAGAACCCGACAUCGACCCCGAGGAUUUCGCCGACCGGGUUGCUGACGAUAGACGCGAUCUUGACUGGGCUACUGUCCUCAAGAGAACGUUCGAGUCUUACAUUCGUGGAGAGCGGCCAAACAUGUACGGCGAAUGGCUGCAAUGGUGACCUUGAACCACUUCACCUUCCCUCGCGGCAUUCCAUCGGCCACGGUCCCUCAAUCUUAUAAUCAUAUCAAGCGCGUUAUUUGAAAGGACCUCAUAUCAUAAAUGCACGGAUUGCAACCUUUGUUAUUGUUGGAUUUAGACCCUGACCUCAGUGCGACAAGUUCUUUGGAUACCUACCUUCUGAUUCCCACUGUCCAUACAUUUACCACCUUCCGAUCAUUUCACCACGGACUUGUCAAGCAGUU